AUGAAAUUGGAAGACAACAGACUAAGUAAACAAGACAACGUAAAUGAAACAACAGACAUAGAUAUAAAUGAAGACAUAAAGGAAACCUUUAAAGGAAUAUAUAUAGCGGACAGUGAAUACUCAAUUAAUAAACUUACUUCAACAUCCUCCACUCUUAGCUUCGGCACUAAAUAUACUUACUUUGUUUGUUUUAAUAAACAAAUUAAGUUUUGA